GAACCUCCCUCUGAUCGGUGACCGACCCGUCUCCUCGGGGCUCGGGAGGAAGAACCGGAUCAUCUGCCCGGUGUUUUUUUAUGUUCCAACCGGAGAAAAGAGCGGAUGAUGUGACCGGAGGUGAGGAAGAAAGGACGGGAUGCAGCAUGAGAGAAACCGACUGUGGGCUAAAUAUAGUCUUUGCCCCCCCGGAAUGCACCACCUGCCCUCCCGGUACCGGUCAAUGAGAGGCAGAGAUCCUCCCCCAUUUUCUCCCCUCAUGCUCCCAUAUGUUAAAAAACACACUCGUCUUAUUUUAGCAACACUGCCUUCUUCUUCCUCCUCUUCCUCUUGACUCUUCUCUACACACACACACACACACACACACACACACCGUGGAAAAUGAAGCGUGGGUCGAGUGUGUUGCAGCGUCCCUCUGAUGCAGCCACACACACAAACACACAUACACGCACGACUAGAGGAGAUGCUGCUGCCGGUUCGAGUCCCUUCCCAGCAGCCACCUCUCUCUUCAGCCCUGAUGUCAGCACCAAGAUGGCGUCUGACCUCCUCAUCAGGCUGUCAGAGGCGACCCAGAAGGCCCAGAUGCAUCCUGGGAGGCCGGCGGAUGAACCGGGUCUCGCUCUCUCUCCGGACGGACCGGGGGCGAGUCCCGAACCUCCCACGCUCUCACACACACCUGAAGGCAACGCCAACACCGACACACUGGCCUCAGACCUGCUGAGAAAACUGGCAGAGCGGCAAGAAGUGAGCAGCCACAUGGUUCGGGUCAAAGAAGAAGAAGAGCCGAUGGAGGUCGACCUCGUCCACCAUCGACCAAUCACAGCAGAGAUAACCCCACCUUCGCCGAAAAAGCCAACUCCACAUAUUUUCAAAAUCAAAACAGAAGACCAGGGUCUCCGUGGCAACCAGGUGAACCUGCACCCUGGAGCCAAAAUGGCGGACCAGUGUCUCAAUGGCCUUAAAAAAGAAGACAACUUUUACACUGGAGGCGGCCAUUCUGGCUCUAAAGCGGCAGGAAGCGUCGUCUCCGAUGCCAACAAGUUUCAGUUCAAAGUGAAACUGGAGGAUCAUGGAGCCAAGAUGGCGGACCAGCUUCUAUCCGGAGCCAAGAUGGAGGACCAGCUUCUCUUAAAAGCCAAAAUUGCACAGAGCCCUUUCCCCGCCAACACGUUCCUCUCCGGAGUCAAGAUGGAGGACCAGUUUCCUUCAGGGGCCAACAGGGCGGAGAACCAGCUUCUCUUCGGAGCCAAAAUGGAGAACCGGCUUCUUCCCGGAGCCAAGAUGGCGGACCACGUUCUCUCCGGAGUGAAGAAGGAGGAGCAGCUCUUCUUCAGAGCCAAGAUUAAAGACCAGUUCUCCUCAGGAGCCAAAAUGGAAGACCAGUUCUCCUCAGGAGCCAAGAUGGAAGACCAGUUCUCCUCAGGAGCCAAGAUGGCAGACCAGUGCCUCAGAGCGGCGCUGUGGCAGGACAUGUCGGUGAAUCUGGCCUCAACACUGCUGCACCAGCUCUCAGAGAGAGUCAGUAAAUCCAACGGUCGGCUGGAGAGGACGACUCCGACCUUCAGGAGCAGUCCUGUUUUGCCGGUGAAUGUGGACCCUCUUCGCUCCUCCCCUCUUUUGAGCUCCCAGGAACCUCCACAUGAAACCAAAACCAGCCUCAGCAGAGAUCAAACCACAGGUUGCUCUUACUUCUACAG